AUGACCUCCACCCAAACCGACCACGCCGAGCCUGAAGUCGACAACUCUCUCGACGACAUCUUCGGCUCCUCCCCACUAGAAGAAACAAAUAUCCACCCCGGGACUUCCCACGCGAAGCCCCAAAAGCCCACCGCCGACCCAUCCGAGUCCCCCGCACUCCGCCGCCAACACGUCACAGCAGGCUAUCGCGACGGCGUCUCAGCUUCCAAAGGCGAACAUGUCCAAGAAGGCUUCGAUGCAGGAUACCCCGUUGGCGCACAACUAGGCAUGAGAGCUGGAACCAUCCUCGGCAUCCUGGAAGGUCUCACCCGCGGUCUCGAGGAGCGGAGUGGUGGCGGUGUAGUCAAGAAACCCGCGCGGGGCAAUGCAGCAGGUUCGACGGAGACGAGUCUCGCCGGUGUGGAGGAUUCGCGCCGACAGCUGAAAGAGCGCAUUACGAAGAUCUACGAGGAAGCUACUAAAGCACUUGAUGUCCAGUCUGUAUUCACGGGCUUUGAAGCCGGGCCUGGACCGGACCCCGAGAAUGCGGGUAAGGCUGCUGAGGAAGAAAAUGCUGAGGCACAAUUAGGUCGGAAGGGAGACGAUGUUGUGUCUGUCUGGGAGGACCGUAUUUCUGUGCCGAUGUGGGAGGAAAAUAUGGAGGCCUUGGAGGAGAAAGAGAAAGAGGAGGCUGUUUCCGUUUCGCAGGGAGAGAAGGGCGCGGCGAGCGCAGCAAGUGAGCGGAUCUGA